GCUGUCACAAGUGUCAAUUUGAUGGCGAAUUUGAAGUCCUUCCAAAUUGGUGUAAUUUUCUCAUAAGAUUGGUGGUGCUCGUUAUUAAUAUUUUAGACGAUAUUUUAAAUAGUUAUUAAACGUUACAUCGGUUUCGCUUCUUAUUUACUCAAAAUUACUGAGUUGUGUUGUUCAAUUAUACAUUCUAAAUUCCUAGACUGUUGUGGUUUUUUUACAUUUUUUUUUACAAAUUUUUAGCAUGUUCUAAUUUAGAAUCAUUCGGCAACAAAUACUAUAGUAACGUAUUUAUAUAAGUAAUUUAAAAUGGCAGAUUCCGCCAGUGAAUCAGAUUCUAGUAGCAUUGAUGGUGGUCCCAUAAUGAUGCCACCCAGUCCCAUUACCAGGGAACAACUUCAGAAGCGCAUCGAAAGUCUUCAACAACAAAACCGGGUGCUUAAAGUGGAAUUGGAAACUUACAAAUUACGCGUAAAGGCAUUGCAAGAAGAAAACAGGGAUCUUAAAAAAGCAUCUGUCAUAAUACAAGCAAAAGCUGAACAAGAAGAGGAAUUCAUCUCAAAUACCCUCUUAAAAAAGAUCCAGGUGCUCAAAAAAGAAAAAGAGACACUUGCUCACCAUUACGAGAGGGAAGAAGAAUGCCUAACAAACGACUUAUCCAGAAAACUCACUCAAUUGCGCCAAGAAAAAUGUCGCUUGGAACAGACUCUAGAACAGGAACAGGAGUGCCUUGUGAAUCGCCUCAUGAGAAAAAUUGAAAAACUGGAGGCUGAAACAUUAGCUAAGCAGAGUAAUUUGGAGCAGUUACGUCGAGAAAAGGUUGAACUAGAAAACACUUUAGAACAAGAACAGGAAGCUUUGGUAAACAAAUUAUGGAAACGCAUGGAUAAAUUGGAAGCUGAGAAACGCAUGCUGCAGAUUAAACUUGAUCAGCCAGUAUCUGAUCCUGCGAGUCCAAGAGAAAUAAAUAAUGGCGAUACAGCCACUAAUUUGAGUUCGCACAUUCAAACACUUCGAUCAGAAGUGACUAGGUUACGUUCCACAUUAGCUAUGAGCCAACAAGAACACACUCAAAAGAUGCAGCGUUUCGCUCAAGAAGAGCGAAAUAUAAAAGAAGAAAAUUUGAGGUUACAGAGGAAGCUACAGCUUGAGGUAGAAAGAAGAGAAGCCCUAUGCAGACACUUGUCAGAGAGUGAGAGCUCAUUAGAAAUGGAAGAAGAGAGACAUUAUAACGAGCAAGUUUUGGGCGUUAGACAACAUACUGUAUCCCCAGUGCCAGUAGCUUAUAAUCCUUCUCCCAGUCAAAGCAGGCCAUUGAGUCCAGGUAUGAAUUCAAUGCAAUCACCUAGAGAUUCUCUGGUUGUGGGUCCUCCACGAUGCCAUUCAUGUGGACAGCUGAUAAAUCAUCCAGGUUGCAUUUCGUCAGCUUUGCAUCAUCCAGCAAAUUCUGGUAGUCCUCCGGCUCCUCAUCGAAGACCCAGCGAAAGAUUUAUAAAGCCUGCAAUACCGGCCGCACCUCAGCCAGCUAGUCCAAUGGACACAUCCGUCAAUAAAGACUAGUAAGGUAAUAUAAAAUUCAUUAUUUAUUUGUAUAUUUAUAAAACAAGGUCAGCUCUCCAAUGUAUUAUUUAAUCAAUUUCUGAAAUUCUAAAUUUAAUAUUAAUGGAAAAUCCUCAUUAAUGACAUAACUCUGAUAACAAAAUCCAAAAAUCAAUUGAUAAAAAGAUAUGAGAUAAUUGAAAGAAGAGGUAUAAUGUUUGGAAUGGGUAAAUCAAGGGAAGACAAUAUCUAUGGUAAUCAAGAAUAUUUGGAAAGAAAGAGUAUUUAGAAUAUUUAGAAAGAAAGUAAGCAGUGGAGAUAGUGGAGUUGAUCAGACCUUUGGAACUGAAAGGCGAGCUGUAGAUGGUUGCAAAACAGUUUAAUUAGAUGGCUUGUAGCUGCAGUGUAAUAUAUCUAACGAUACCGUUACCUGGAUGUUAUGUUGAGAUUCUUGAUUAUUCUCUUUUUCAUUUUGUUUCAGAUGAAAGUGAUAUUUUAAUGUAAUUGUUCCUGAUAUAUUCAACAAUGAAAGCCCGACGUGAAGAAAUCGGCACGUUCUUAAACAUCUCUCCACUUGCAGAAGGAACAUCCACCAGAUCAGGAGCAGCUGAUUAUUAAUUUUUUUCUUAUAUUACUUUUUGCUUUGUCACGAUUUUUAUAUAAUAUAUAUAUAUCCAUGUACUUAUGCCAUUUUAAAUACAGGGGCUCUCCUAUUUCUGGCCUCGGAUUAAGGAUCUUUUUGUUUGAAUGUUUAUGCAGGAAAUAAGGAAACCAGCGAAAUACCGGGCAUUUGGUUAAAGUUUUAUUGUAUAGGGAUGUUGCGAUUUUAGAAUUUUUCCCCUGCAAAUUGAUUUUAAAUCGUAAAUUUUAAAUGUUUUAGUCGGUUUAUUACUGUUUAUAAAUUACUUUGUUUGCUAUUUUUGUUACAUGAUUGAAAGAAAUGAUUCGUCUAAUUGCCACAUUUUUUUAGAAUUUUCUCUUUUUAAUAUUCUUUCUUCAAGCAUAGCAGCAGGUUUAAUGUUAUUAACCAUUGAUCUUGUUUCUGCUUUAUCAUCUUAUCUUGUUGCUUUAUUUUUGUUUGCCUGUUUUUUUCCGUUAAUCUUUCUAGUGUUGUGUUUUCACAUUUUCUUAUGAAUUAUUUUAUUUGUAAUACAUAUAAAUAAUAAUGAUGAAAAAAUUAUAAAUGUAGAUCUGGUUGAAGCCAUAGAGAUUUUCAGUACUAGAAUAGGGAAUUUGUAUAGUCAUCGAUUUUUUAGAAUGUCUUAUUUAUCUCCCAUUUAUCUGGUAUUCCGCUAGUUUGGCCUAAAUGUGACGCAAUAAAAAAUAUUUUUAGUAAAUCUGCCUCGUUGCCGAAAUUUUCUUGGCACAGCCAAUUUUUUUCUUCACAUUUCAUGUGAUAUUUAAACGUUAAACAAUGAAAAAUUUAGUUUAGAAGUAUUUUCUAUGAUAUUUUAAGUGAAGGUCAUUUUUCGAAAUGUAUUGAAAAUAGAGUAACUUUUCAAUGUGUACGCUACAUUAUUUUAUUAAUAAACUGCAUUACUCGACACUUGAAUGAUGGAUA